AUGGGAGUUUUGUAUAUGCUGAUGUUCACUGGUAAACAGAAAUACAGAAGGGUGAAACAGUUGAUUUCAGAGGACAGUGAUGGGAUGAUUGUUUUUAUUGAGGCUCGAUCUUCUUUAGUCGAGCAGAUCCGUGCACACCAUUUUGAUGAUGAGAAGUUAUGUAUCAUUCGAGACAAAGUAUUGAGAUGGGAAGCCAAGGAGGUUGUCCUUGAUCCUAAUGGCGUCUUAAGGAUCGGAGGCAGGAUUUGUGUGCCUAAAACAGGCGAUUUGAUUAGAUUAAUUCUUGAGGAGGCCCAUUGUUCUCGAUUUUCCAUCCAUCCGAGGGCGGCGAAAAUGUAUCAUGAUUUGAGUCAGCAUUACUGGUUGUGUGGGAUGACGAGAGAUAUUUCAAACUUUGUUUCUAGGUGUUUGACUUGCCAGCAGACAGUUGGUCAGUCUGAGCGGAUGAUUCAGGUUUUGGAAGAUAUUCUCCAAGCGUGUGUGAUCGAUUUCAGAGAUAGAUGGGAUCGACAUCGCAGAUAG